AUGAAUGAUGCCGAAUAAUAGGAAGAAAAUUUAAAAAAAUAAUACGAAAUUGCUAAAAAAUAAAACAAAGAAGAAAAUGAAAAAAUGUAAAAAGAAUUAGAGGAUUUAAAUUCCUUAAAAGCCAUGAAAAAAUAAUUAAAAAGAGAAAAAGAUAUUUUUGAAAAUGAAAUGGUAAAAAACUCUUUUGUUCUUGAAGAAUUAAUAAAAGAAAGAAUGUAAUUGUAAAAUAUUUCAAAAUAAUAUGAAGAUAAACUUGAGAAUAUUACAGCCGAAAGAAGUGCUCUUUAAGAUGAAUAUUUGUAAACUAAUGAUGCUAUAGAAGAAUAUUCUUCGAAAAUAAAAGGACUUAAAGAUGAAAUGGAAACAAUGAAAGGUUUAAUAAAUUAAACUAAUUUAGCAAGUAGUAAUUAUUAUUAAGAUUCUGCAAAUAAAUGCGAAAAAAAAGCAUGA